AUGUCUACAGCUGAAUUACGAUAUGCUAAUCAAUUAGAAAUAAUUCGUAGUGAAGAAAAAGAUCGUUAUAUGAUAAGUCAAUUAUCGAAACAAUUAGAUGAACUUUAUACGAAAUUAUUUGGUUUAAAUAAUUUUCAUAUUUAUCAAACAUAUUCACAUCGUUUAAGUGAAUUCUUAUAUUAUUUAACAACAACAUUAUCAAAUCGACAAACAAUUGGUGAAGAAUAUAUAUGUUUAAUACAAUAUAAUCCGCAUAAAAGACAAAUUCCAUCAUUAUUACAUCGCUUAUCAAUGGUUUUUAUUCGUAUAUUUGGUGAUUUAAUAUCCAAAUAUAUUUUAUCAUCAUAUAUAAUUAAACCAUUAGUUGAAGAAUAUUUUCAUCCAAAAUUAUCCUUACAAACAAUUGAACUUAUUUGUAAAUUUCUUUUAACAUUUAUUGAACGAACACAUAAAAUAUUUUUUUAUUUAACUGGUUCUUAUUAUAAUAUAAGUAAAAGUUUAACACGUAUUCGAUAUCUUAUAUAUACACGAACAACAUCAGAGAGUAGUUCAAUAGAAUUCAAACUUAAUCGUACGAUGAAAUUUCUUAGUUUAUGUCUUUGUAUUCAACAUAUUAUUGAAUCAUAUCUUGUAUUAAAACAAAUUGCGCUAUCAAUAACACAACAUCGUCAAGAAAUAGAUAAAAAAACUGAUGAAGAAAAUAAAAUUAUAUCGGAAGAUUCAAUAUCUUCAACAGAUCAUGUUCGUUGUCCAUUAUGUUAUGAAUUUGCUAUAUCAAAUGUUGCACUUAUACCUGAAUGUGGUCAUGUUUUUUGUUGGCAAUGUAUACAUACAUGGGUUAUUGAAAAUCAAACAUGUCCAUUAUGUAAAACAAAUACUAUGCAAUCGCGUAUUGUUCAUUUGAUUAAUUAUUGA